UUACAUUAAUGUUACAAAUGGCAUAAAAAUGUAUAAAAAUUAUACAUAUGACACAUCCGUACAUGAAUUUGCCGUAUGCAAUUAAAAGGUUUAUGAUUAUUAAUGGUUUCUGUUAAAGGUAAAGGUCUCAUGUUCGCCGAACUCCGUCGAAGUUUUUGAUUUAUAGUUUGACAUGAAUGUUUACAGUUUGACAUAUGUUUACCUUUUGAAAUUGUACGGUCUUCGCCUAUGCACACUCGCUAUAGGAUGGAGUCGUAUACGCAGCCAGCAGCCUUUGAUGUUGGAAACAGCUGUAACCAGCUCAGCACCACCGCACGGGAAGAAGAGAGGAGGAAGUUGAGGCAGCAACUCAUCUAGACCAGAGAGAACAGCUUCAAACCGGUUUCUGUCCCUGACAACAAAAGCUCUACCUUUCCUCAGCUGAGUUACAGUUCUAGCCGCAGAUGAUGCCACAUGAGCACACCCCGUUGCAGUAUUUUAGACGGAGGAGUAGUGUUAUUUUCUGCAUUAUGGAUGUCCCGCUAUGAUAACAAGUAGCUAGUAUUUGGCGUAGAGCUUAAGGGCCUGUUGUCCGUCACCAGUGCGCUCAUCGGAGUAGGUGAUAUUCCACUUGCAGGUGCCGGCAAAUACUGAGGCCGUGUCAUCUUUCCAUUGAGCCGCUGUGUCCAUCAAGAUGACCCUACUGCAGAGCAACCGUAAGGCCUUGGACGGGGGCUGGGGCUGGGCCGUCGUAGCAGCGUGUUUCAUGGCCCAGCUCCUGGCAUACGGAUCGCCCCAGUCAGUGGGCGUCCUCUACCCAGAGUGGCUCACUGCCUUCAAGGAGGGGAAGGGGAUGACAGCCUGGGUCGGGUCCCUUGUCUCCGGGGUUGGACUCAUUGCCAGUCCAGUUUGCAGUGCCUGUGUGGUGAACUUUGGUGCACGGCCGGUGACCAUCUUCAGCGGUGUCAUGGUCUCUGGAGGUCUGAUGCUCAGUGCCUUCGCCCCCAACGUCCCCUUCCUCAUAUUCUCAUAUGGAAUUGUUGUCGGACUCGGCUGUGGGCUGCUGUGGGCUGCCACACUCACUAUCACCUGCCAAUAUUUCGAUAAGAGGCAAGGCCUUGCACUGGGAAUAGUCACGACAGGCACUAGUGUUGGGGGUUUCCUAUACGCUACAGCUCAAGUUGAGUUCAUACAACUGUUCGGACUGGAUGGAUGUCUGAUGAUCAUUGGGGCUUUAGCCCUGAACAUCAUUGCCUGUGCUGGACCAAUGAGAGCCCUCCAACUACCUACCUACUACCUCAGACAGAGAGCAGCAGCUCUGGAACGGGCUCAGGAACAACUUUAUGCCAAAGCUAGGACUAAUGAGGAGUCAGUAAAGCCUUCAGGAGCCAAUAAUAAGAACCCUCACUCCAACGACCUGCUGAUCACCAUAGAAACCAAAGACAACGAGAGGGGUCCACUGCGCUGCUCCACCAAUGAGAAGGGUCCGCUGCGCUGCUCUGCCUUGUUGGAGGCCAUUAAAGCCAAACAGAGUGACUACUCCCAAUACCUACAGUCCACGGCUGAGCUGCUGCAGGACAGAGUCUUCAUGUGUUUGUGUGUGGCUCUGUUCUGCUUUUCCCUUGGCGCGUUCCCGCCUCUGCUCUUUCUGGAGGACGUGGCCCAAUCACAGGGUCUCAUCGACGGCAUUAGUCGCCUCCCCCUGGUGUCCAUUGUGGCCAUCUCCCAGGGUGUGGGGAAACUCCUGCUGGGUGUGACAGCUGACCUUAAGGGGGUGGACAGUGUGGUUUUGUACUCCCUGACUGUGUUGGGUUCUGGGGUGGCUCUGGUGUUGAUCCCGCUGAGCCAAACCUAUGUCCUGCUGCAGCUCCUCGCGGUCGGGCUGGGCUUCCUGUCAGGGAACUGGUCGCUGACCUCCUACUGUACCACCAGCAUAGUGGGGAUAGACAGACUCACCCAGGCUCACGGCAUCCUCAUGUUCUUUGGAGGGUUCGGUGUCAUGCUGGGGCCUCCCGUUGUGGGCUGGUUCUAUGACUGGACGCUGUCUUACGACUUGGCUUUCUACCUCAGCGGGGCCUGCGUGAUGCUGGGUGGAGCCUGUCUGCUGCUGGCUGCUCUGCCAUGCGGGGACAAGAAGACGGAAGGCCGCAGACCUGAGCUGGAGUACAGACCUGGCGUCCAGCACAAUGGCAGUUGUGAACAAGUAGCCUCUGUUGCCUGAAGGACAGCUCUACAGAAGGCAAAUGUUUCAGAGGUCUAUAAUCGGGUUUUUAAAAUUCAACUGUGGGUCACACACAUUUUAUUUUACCCCCAUUCGAUUUCUUUGUCAAAAUCAGUCUGCUGACCGGAAAAGGGGAGUUAAUUCAGAAAUGUAUGGAUCCAUUGAAAAUUCUACGUUUGAUCUAGUUUAAGAUGUUCAUGUGUGGUCUAGAGCGUUCUUGUAAACCAACGUACCGCAGGAUGGAUUGGAGGGGUUGGCUCUGGACCGGUUGAUGAAGAAUUACUGUCAACAGACAGAAAAACAGACAUGAUGGUUGUUUGAUUAACUUGAGGCUCCUUUGAAAGCUAAUACUUCAGGGACGUGUUUUGGAAAGGAGGCAUUGCGUUCCUUACGUGCAGACCAUCCAUGUUGUUCUCAUGAACAGGUCGGUACAUUUCGUUUUUUGCCCGGAGGCUGUAGGAUCUAUCUGAAGCCGGUUUUAUAGCUUGUUUGUCUUUGACUGUUAUGGCCUUGUUUUAACAGGGUGCAACAAUCCAUUGUCGACCUGCAGAAAGCUCUAAACAGAGACAGAGAGAACGAGGGCUCAAAAGAGAGGGAUGCAUGUUAAUUAUGCAACUGCCUGCGUUACCACAACUACCUUUUUUACUUGUAUUUACUUUUUUAGUCUGUAUUUAUAUAUUAGUUAUUGUAACCUCUUGCUGCCCCUGUUAUUGAGUUGUCUAUCCAUAUAAGGUGCUUUAUAUCGCUCUGUUCUAUGUUUAUUCUCUUUUCCAACUAUAUUUUUUGCCUGAACCCUGAGAGGUCUAGUGGAGAGACAAGGUGGGUACACCUGCAGUAAAAUACAGGGACAGUUGAUCCAUUAAAACACAUGACUGUUUAUUCAUCAGAAUAUGUAGAGACUGUUUAUCCCUCAGAACAUUUACAUAAUAGAUGCUGUUUUAUUUCUGUGUGACUGUGUUCAGUGUAGUUACUAGUGACACAAGUGCAAUAUUGGGGAUUAAAUGUCUCUAAUAUGUUGUUGAUUCUUCAAGUACUCCUAUUUUUCUACAAGCAAUGUAAAAUUAGAUUGAAUAGUCUUGUUAAAUUUAAAUUUGUAAUUGAAAACAAAUUGUUGCAAUGUUGACUUUUGUAUGGUUAAGUUAACAAGGCUGGUCCUACACUACGUUUUUAUGCAAUACUUUUAAUGUAUUCUAUUGUACAUUUUAUACUGUAAUAUGAAGGCAGUUGUUUUACAUGCACUGUUCUGAGAUCUGUUGUUAUGCCUUGACACUGCACACGCACAAAAUUGUUUUAAUUUCUGACAUGAUUUCUACCCUUUGAAAUGUACAUUUUUAAACUUGAAAGUAUUCUUUAGGUAAGGAAGAAUGGCAGUAAUGUCAUCCAAAACCACAGAUAUGAUCGCUACCUUUCUAUUUUAAUGUUUCAUUACAUUGUCUUAAAACCUGUUGACAUUUAUUUAUGCGUUAUGUUUUUGUUCAACUGUUCGCAUGUACUAUAAUACAAUUUCUGACUAUAAAGUGUUAGAAGUU